AUGGAGCUGAGACCUGAUGCCAGACACAAGGAGAAUGUGCCCCCCAGGCCGGCAACCUCCCUGAGGCCAGAGCCACGGAGACUCCGGAAGAGCCUGGGUGUUGGCCUGGCCAGUAGACAUGGCCAGUGGGUGCCCGUGGGCCCGGCUGAGAGGGGAGGGCCUGCUGCCACGCCGUGCUUGGGGACAGUGCUGCACCAGGAGCCUUGCCGAGUCCAGAGCAACCUGGCCAGCCCCAGCCCCAGCCCCAGCCUGGGCCUCGUCCUGAGGGACACAACCAGCCAUCUGACCAACUCAAGCUUCCAGCAGCAAGUCAACCUGCAGCCCUUGGUUGGGAGACCCCAAGACUUUGCGAUCCAGCAAAGUAACUUGUGCACCAGGGAGACCCACACAGCUGAGUGUGGACGUCUCACCAGCCCCCAGCUCUGGUCAGAGCCUCAGAAGAGCUUCUGGCCCCACCUGAUGCCCCAGGGAAGCCCCCUAUCCCGAGGGCCACUGGCUCACCCAUCCUCCAGUCUGAGGCGGUCCUGGCUGCUGGCCACAGAUACCUCUUGCCCAGACAUCAGGCUUACUACACGGCUGGCCCCACUCAAAGGGCCCGCAUGGUCAGACCCUAGAUCCCAGUGUGGCCUGGGGGGCUGGACCUCCAGGCUCGUGGGGGAACCCCUGACCCUGAAAGACCUGGCUGUCCCUGCCCAGAGCCCGCCUCAGGCCCCAUCCCAAGCUGCCAUUCACCAGCUGCUGGUCUGUGUGCAACGCCUGGAGUGUGAGGCAGUGCGGCUCAGGUGCCAGGCAUCCCAGGAACCCCCAGGCCCUGUGCUGCAGGAGCCCUGGACCAGAGCUGGCCAGACACUCUCUGUCUGCUCCCAGCCCAGCCAGCCUGUUCUUGAUUCCUGGGAUGAGAGGAGGAGACACUCCCGAGGCCUCAGGGGAACUCCCGGUUUCCCAGCGACACAGGGGGCCCAGGAGGGUCUCUCAGACUCUCAGGCAAGCAGCAAGCGUGCAUCACUGAGGACCACUCUGGAGAUGCUGCCUGGGGAUGCCCUUGACCCUGAGCAGGUGGUCCUUUCUGCCUGCCCACUAAGGCAAGGAGAGCAGUGCUCCCCAGGGACUACACAUGGCUGGGGGCAGAGGGGGGACCCCCUGCUCCCUCCAGAGGCGGACAGCAGGGAGGCCAGAUUCUGCUCUCCAACCUCGUCCAGUUCAGCCCGGGGCAUCCUCCCUGGGCGGGAAGGAGGGAACAGGGCCCCAAGGGAGCGGAUCAGCAGGGAGAAAGAAAGGCCAGCUUCCGGACUGCCAGACAGAGCCUCCGUGAGGAGUGCCCUGCAGAACAAAGCCAGAAACACUGUGAACCUGGAGCCUGAGUUCGGCCGCUGGCAGUGGCUGUCCAGAUGUUUCAGAGCAUGGUGGCACUGGGCACAGCGGCGGCGGGCAGUGGCGGCAGCUGUGGCGCUGGGCCAGCGGCAGCUGUUACGCAGGGGUCUGCAGGCACUGCGGUGGGCACUGUGGCUCCGGGAGGCCCAGCUGGAGGUGGCGUGGGAGCGACACACUCAGACCCUGCUGGCCCGAACCUUCCAGAAGUGGAGACACUUGAUUCAGCAGCACAAACAAGGGCAGCCUCACGUCCAGGCUGGGCCAAGACCCCUGUCCUCCAGGGUAGACCAGGACCAAGGCCCCUCAGGAAGGAAGCCGGUGAUGAAUGGUGCAGCCUGGGUGGCCCUACUGGGCCCUCAGCAUCGGAGAACCUGGCUCUGCAGGUGCUUUGGGGCCUGGCAGCGUUUCGUGCAAAGAGGGACCCGGUAUCGGGACCACGUGGCCAACCGCCAAGCAGGGACCCUGAGGACGUGCUUGCAGCAGUGGGUGAAGAUGAAGCAGCUCCGGGCCUCAGACGGGGCGAAGGUGGCCCAGCUGUCCCUUUGUUGGCAGAAGGCAGGGAACAUGGCUCUCUUCAGCUCAGUCCCUGGAGGGGCCACAGCCCAUGGGCUGAGGCUGAUGGCCGCGGCCCGGGUGCUGCCUCAGGAGCAAGGCCAGGGCUCUCUGCAAGAAGCCUGCCGGAAGCUGGCCCUCCAGCGGGUGCUGUUGCUCUGGAGGACGCGGCUGUCUCAGCGCCAGCAGGCGGACUCCUUCUUCGAGGGCGUGCAGUGGCGGGCACUGAGGCACAUCAUGAGGGGCUGGCGCCUGAGAGCACAGGAUCCAGGCAGCGCCAGGAUUGCCUCGGGCCCAGAUCUGCUGGGCGGCGCCCUGGGAGGGGAGGCCCCGCCAGGCUGCAGCACACACCGGAGAAGCUCCCAGGACAAGGCUUCCAGGGCCCCUGCCCUCCUGGAGAUGCUCCGAUUGAGCUUUCUGUGGGCAGUGGGUCGGCGACAGCAGGGGCGAUGUCUUCUGCUCUGGCGGGCGCGGGCCCAGCAGUCCCGGGACGCAGCGAGGUGGCACCAGAGCACGCUUCAGAGGCGCACCCUCCUUGACUGGAGCCACUGGGCAACAGCCCAAGGGGCCCAGAGAAAGCUGGCUGCCCGCUGGGCCUGGGAUCGGAGGGGCAGGGCUGCCCUGGGCCUGUGGCGACAGCGGCUGGUACAGCGGCGGGAGGUAGAGCGGCGGGCCCAGGAACGGGGCCAGAGACUGCAGCGACAUGCCCUGAGCCACUGGCACUGCUACUGGCAGAGUGAGUCGGGACGGGGCACCAGCGGACAGGCGUUCCUGCAGGAGAAGUGCCAGCGGUGGAUGCAGGCCCGCUUCCAGGGCCUGCAGAGGGCCAUGUUCUGGGGCUGGCAGCAGGCAGCAGCUCGCCGGAGACCCGUGGCGGCCAGUCCAGAGCAGCUGCUACUGCAGAGCCACUUCCAGGCCUGGUUUGGAGUCGUGAAAGCCUCCUGGGCCAAGCGUCCAGCCUUCCAAGAUGGUCUGAGGAGACGGAUACCCGGGGCCACAUUUGCCAGUGAGGCCCCAGCGAUCACAACCCAGCCUCAGGAGCUGCAUGUGGCCCAGGCCUCCUGCUGGAAAAGCCGAGAGCAGGGGUGCCAGGCAGACAGGCAGCUGAGGAGGACCUGGGCCCAGCAGGCCUUUGUUGCAAGGCGAGUGGCCCCAGGCCAGUGUUGCAAGGCCCUUCGGCAGGCAGGAGAGCGCUCCAGGGCCCAGGCCCUUUGCUGGAUGCUGUGGGCACCUGAGUCCUGCCAGCACUGGGUCAUUCGAGACCAUACUGUCCCGACUCUGAGCGCCAGGGUCCAAGAGACCUGGACCAAAUCAGCGACUCAGGGGCAUGUCCAGCGAAGUGCCAUCACCCACGUCCAGCAGGCUGGGCCCAGGUGCUUCCUGCGAACCCACUGGUCCCAGUGGCGAACAGCGCUGUUCAGAGUGUGGCUAGAACCACAGGCAGAGGUCCAGGAGGCCAGCAGAGCCCACCCAGCCAGGCCCAGGGCCAGCCUCCGGCGCUGGCCUGGGCUGACCACCAGAGGGCGCCUCCUGGUGCUGAUGAACCCUCCAGCCCUGAAGAGGCAGGUGACAGCCAGCCUUCCCUCAGCCCCACCUCCCAGCUCCAGCUGCAGGGGCCCAGGCCCGGCUGCACCGGCUGCAGAGCUCCCAGCAGGCCAGGCUCCGGGCAGCCAUGUGGCAGCACUGGGUAGAUGCUCAGGGGGUGGAGAGGCUGGCACGGACACUGCUCAGGCAGUGGCACCUGAGAUGGGCCUGGCGACUGUGGCGGCGGCGCAUCCUGCGGUUGCAGGUGGCUCAGCGGUUACAGAGUCAGGAGGACGGCUGGGUCCUUUCCCAGGUACCGGCGGGCGGCCCCAUCUCCAGCAGGCCUUUAAGAAGUGGUACCAGGGUCUGGCAGCCAGGGGCCUGAGGGCCAGAGCCAGCAGCAGCGUGAGGCCCUGCAGCGAGGCAGGCCUCAGGAGGCCUGGAAGCAGGCUGGAAGCUGCCAGAGCCCCAGCACUGGGUGGACCUGGGGCGGAGAAGGGGGCCCAGCUGCAGCUGUGA